AUGGCGGUCCCUUCUUCGUACGACGAGGUGAAGCUUCAUCUCCAACAGAUCCAGAAUGAUCCGACUACUCCUCUGGACCACACCCUACUUGACAAGCUAAAGUUGGAGCUGACAGAGACUACGGACCGCAAAGUCCCCGCCACCCUUCUCACUCAGAUAUCGCAGCUGUUGCCGGUCCUCCAGGAGGAUCCGACUCCCAUCACCACCCUGGGAAUCAAGGCUACGGCUUACUUUAGCUUCACCGAGCUCCGCUCCGUCGACCCUCCUAUUGACUUCGUCGCGGGAUUCAAAGCCCCGUCGCCACCUAUCAACUUACUGGCCCUUUCGUUGCUGAGUAAAGCGGGCAAGGUCCCCAGUGACGCCGCGAUUGUCGCCGGGGAUUCCGAAUUGGUUGCUUCUCUCGUCGACCUGUGGCUGUCGACCUCGUCAACGGCCGUCGCGCAAGCCGCCCUGGAUGCGAUAUGGGCUCUUUUGGAGAUCGAUCUAGCCAGUCCAUUGGAGAAUGGGAUCACUCAUGAAGGUGACGAGGCCGGAGGAGGACAGGGCCUCAUGUGGCGGAGACUGUUCACCGAUAAAGAAGUCUACGGUCGUCUGUUCUCGUUCUGCUGUUUGAGCGACAACGGUCCCGGCAGUCUGCCGAAACGCGAGAAGACAUUGGCCCAGGGCCGGCUGAUGGGCUUCCUGGUCAAAGCGGGUCGGCUGCGAUGGGACAUCAUCUCCAGCUCUCAGGUGCCGGAGGUUGAGGCCAAGUACAACAGUCAAAGUCUUUUGCAUUUUGCCGCCUGCCAGAUGGUCGAGCAGAAUGAUGUGCUGAUGCACAUGACGUUACUGAACUUCUUCUAUGAGCUCCUAGAGAUCGAUGCCCCCGGUUUGACGGCACGCACAUUCGUCCAGUCGGCAUCCACCUUUUCCUCUCCCGCUCUCGACUUCCUCAUUGCUCAUAACCUGCAUUCUACCCUCCUAAGCUACUAUUUGGAUGAAUCGAAACUCGACCCCGUGGACCUGAAUUACCUGUGCGGGCCGAUCAUGGCCUACGUGGCGCAGUAUGCUGAAUUGUACCCUAAUCAUUUCUUACAGAACCCUCAAAGCUUGCUGAACCAAAUCUUGUCUCGCAUUUCAGCAUCGGUGGCGAUCUCGUCGGCGCAGUGGGCGCAUGGGCCCGUACCGAGUGGACAGUUGAAUGUGCUGUCCUGUCUUCCUCGCGUGAUGCUAGUUGAGGCCAGCAGGCAAGGGUUGAACCCCGUACUUGCGCUACCCUCCAGUCCGGCCAACAAGGAGGCAUUAGAUGCAUUGAGCAAGAUCCUUCAUGGGCCUCCGAAACUGGACCUGGCCGAUUCCAUGGAGCUGAACACGUCCGGCCAAACCGCCACGGACUGGCACAAAGAAGCCGCCGCAGCGCGGGCCCUGUACUUUAUGUACUUGAACCAUCGUGCUAAUUUCUGGACGGACAUCGUAGCCGCGGCAGAUCUGUUGGCCAUGAAGGACGUUUCCCUCGCGGCAAUCUCGUUCAUGAAGAGCAUCAUCACCGCCAACUGGCAGGAAUUGUCCGGCGACGUGAUCUCGUCAGUCCCUGGAACGACCCGGUAUCAACUCCCAUCGGAGCAAGGCCUAGGCAAUCUCUCGCCCGCUACGCAAGGAGUUCUGCCUGCGACAGGUGUAUGGGCAGCACUGACACCGCCGGCACUGACCACACUGCUACCGUAUCUGUUCAAACCACCCCGCUCGUACGCCGAGUUCGUCGGCGGCGGAGCUGCAGAUCCGCAAAAUGUCGUGUGGAAGGUUGCUACCGCGAAAUAUGAGGUUCUGGUGGCUCUAUAUGAGGGACUCAAUGAUAUGAACGGAGAAGUGCCAGGGUUCGAGGACAUUGUGCGAACACUGAAGCAGCGAGUUAACGAAGGACCGUGGGGACCUGUCACACAAAACGGAAGUCGGGUGGAGACUGUUAAUUCGUGA